UGGCAGCGGAACCGUCGCGACGCCUCAACUUGGUGUGAGUGGUAAAUUUGAAGUGCCAAUUCACGUCUCAAGUAGCAGAUGCUCUAGUCUCAGAGAUAAUACUUGUUGCACUGAUAGCCAUACGUGUUUAUUUUGGUUUUUAUUUUUUACUGCGGAUGGAAGAUAAUGAAUUUUAAUAAUAUGUGAAGUUUAGUAUGUAUUGACAAACGUGUUUAACUACAAGUGGAAGAGAAUUGCUUUAUGCGAAUGAAAUCAUCUACGAUCUAAUUAAUCUUUCGUCGUGAAUUAUGUAAAAUAGUGCCAGAUAUAGCCACACUGAGACUUAAUUUCAGGUGUAAGAAUAGAUCUUCAAAAAGUGCAGCCCUGGUUGUAGCACGUGGUACUCUCGUUGAAUCUCUGCCCAGACGUCCGCUGACCAUGACAUGGGAUUGCUGGCAGAAGGGUAAACGGGGAAUGACAGUGUCGGUGUUCUUUCUAGGCAGCAUCUGCCUUGCGGUGAUGCUUGCCUAUCUGGCGUUCGGUGAUAGCACCGAUGAAGAGGGAUUGCGUACACUUCGAAUGAUAGCGAUCAUGUUUCGCCACGGAGAUCGCUCGCCGACAGAAUUUUACCCUAAUGAUCCUCACCGUAAUCACCCGUGGACUGGGGGAUUGGGAGCUUUAUCAGAGCGAGGUUCACAGCAAAUGUACAACUUGGGGAAGAAUCUACGUCCACGGUAUUAUCGUCUGUUACCCCCGAAUGGUCUAUACUCGAAGAACAACAUGUACGUUGUGAGCAGUUAUGCUGAACGGUGUAUUAUGAGCACGCAGAGCUUCAUGGCGGGUUUUUUGCCCCCGUUGGAGAAUACUAAUCCGUUGCCCAUCCCUUGGCAGCCAGUAGCGAUCAAUACAUUGGACAGGGAUCGCGACACGAUACUAGCCCAGAAAAAGCCCUGCCCACGCUACGAACAGUCGCUACAACGUUUGAUGUCGUAUCCUCCCAAAGACAUACGUGAUUUGAACGAAAAGAGCGCGGCUUUGUACAAAACGCUUAGUAUAUCAACCGGACAAAACAUAAGCACCAUCCUAGAUGUGGAGCUUCUAUACAAUACGCUAGAGAUCGAGAAAAACGCUGGUCUCGAACUUCCUGAUUGGAGCGAAACGAUAUUCCCGGAGAAAAUGCUUCCUCUUGCAGAACGCAGCCUGGCCCUGUUCACCGAGACCCCCCUGAUGAAGAAGAUCAAGGGUGGUGCGAUCGUAAGCGAACUAUUAGAUAAUAUGUUGCGCAAGCGUGCCGGUAUACUUAUGCCCGAACGGUCGAUCUUUGUCUAUUCGGGGCACGAUGUCACGCUAGUCAAUCUGAUGCGAGCGCUGAAUGUGAUCGAUCAGACUACUGGGAAACCGGAGUUUGCCGCGACGAUAGUGUUCGAGUUGCAUCACAGUAUAACGUUCGAUGACGACUUUGAGGUGAAGGUUGUGUACUAUUUCAACAGUGACGAUAAGUAUCCCAAGGAGCUCCAUAUUCCCAACUGUGGCAAUCCAUGCUCGUUGACCAAAUUUAACCAACUGAUGGAACCAAUCCAUAUUACGAGUUACGACGAGUUGUGUCAACUGGUUUAGACUCAAAAUGUUUGUACAUAUUUGUUGUGUUACCAAAGUUUAGUUGAGUUUAUAUUUGUAAGGUUGUUUAUGAUCUGAAGUAAGUUAACUUUGUAUUGAAGUGUAUGAAUUUCUAUGGUAAAACGAUUACUGUUUAGCUCGUGUUUCCUAAUAAAUACUCUAUUAGAUGCAGUAUUGGUUCUCUCUCGCGAAAACUUAUUUCAACCUGCACCAUUCUUCUGUUUGACCUUGCAACAGAAUUCAAUACUCCCUAAAUAGACGAUAUUGGUAGUAGGGAUCUUUAAUUUGGAAAAAAUUGUGCCAGUUUUUCGUAUUUAUUAAUAGCAGGUGUCCUUACGAGUGCACUCAUAUCAUUCUUAAACCAUAAUUAUUCUUUUCUGAUUUUCAAAUUUAAAAAAAAAAAACAAAUUAAAUUCAACCAAUAAACUGACAGUUGACCGACUUAAUGACGUAUCUGCAAAUAUCUCGUUCGCCUCAUUGUUAACCGGGACAGCACCCCACACAGCAUGAUCUGGUACUUUGUCAAUCCGCUAAAAGCCUGCCAUCCCAAGUUUCAUCUGCAAACUAUGGUAGAUCUGAUAAGGCAACCUAUAGAGUCGUGCAAGUCGCAAGGGUUUGGAUGUGUUAUUGUCCUAAAAGGAAACAAAUUAAAAAAAAAUUUCAAUAGUUUUAGGCCUAAAACUUGGAAAAGAUAUUAAUUCACGGUACUAAUCUGCAUCAUAAUAUGCCUUAACCCGCACACCCCUAAAGAUCCCUGUUGUAAGGAUGUUGGUUGGACAAAUCUUCAAUACUAUGUCCUGGAACCAAUUUUCUUUUACAAACUAUGUGAAAAAUAUUUUUCUCUAAUCUAACUAAAAGAUGACGAAUCCCAUAUAUAUGGUGAGCUGCGGGAAAAAGGGAAAAAUUUGAAAUUUUAUAAAGGUAUGUAGCUAUAUUUUUAUGAAAUACUUGUUAUACGUUUAGCGUAGUACAAUGUCUAAUUUGCAAAAUCCACUUGAGAAAAUAAAAAAAUAUUAAUAAUUGUCGAAGCUAUAGCAAUUUCCACAAAACGCGUUUUUUUUUUCAAAGAGAUUUGCCGUGAGUACGAUGCCAGUCCAUCAGCUCAACAGAAACCAUCAAACUAAAAAAAAUCAUUAGUAUAUAUACCUGUGGUGUCCUUGAACGAUCGAUUAAAAAAAUUCUUUAUGGAAACGGGGACGAUUUUUCCAAAAAAUCACUAUUUUCACCUGAAAAAAAUUAUUAAAAAAUUCAUAACAAUAAUAUGAAAAUUUUGACGAAAAAAUCGUAGUCACCGCAAAGACGCUUUUGGGAAACAUGUAUAAGCAACACCUCCAUAAGGGAGCAAGAUGAAAAAAAGGAUGGGUGGGUAAUGUCUGCGACAUAACCGGAGAGAUGUAGAAUACAUAAGGAACACGUUCUUCAAAUAUGUUGAUACUCAUUGGAAUUUUCGGACAAAAGGUGAUUUGGGCGAGGAAUAUUUCAUAUUAUUCUUUACAAAAAUGAUGGUGGUCCUGAAAAGGACCGUUUCUGUUGGCGUUGUUGGCCUUGGUGAGGGAGAUGACUAACGAUGAAAUGAAUUGUUAGCAUGAGGAAGUCGCAUAGUACUGGCCAAUGGCAGAACAGAUAAUAAUUGAUUCCUGAAAAUCAAUUUUUCUUUAUUCAUGUAAAUUAUACAUAUUUACAAAUCUAAUAGAGGAUUCCUGGUCAUAUUUCUGAAUCAUUAGUGCGAACAUUGUGUAAUUUGGUUAAGUACAAUGAAAGUUACAAACUUUCCAAACUCGACCUUCUGUUCCUUCCGAAAUAUUGAAAUGGGGUAUCUAUAUUAAACCGUUAGUCGUGGUUACAAUAAAAAAAAGAUGUCUGUGACAUAACCGGAGCGUCGUGAUUUCAAUUCGAGACGUUAAUUUAAAUCUAAUAAUAUUCAACAGAAUCACGUUUGAAUGGGAAAUUUUCAAAUAAUUCUGUAUGGUAAUAAUGGUGGUUCUGAAAAGAACCUUUGGUAUCGCCUUUGGUGUUGGUGGUGAUGCGCUGGAUCGUUGGAUAUAUUUGGCAUGAUAGUUACGUGCCUGGCGAACUGUUUUGUAGCCUCGAACAAAACGACAAGACUGGCUUCUUCGGGUACCAUUACGGCUGAACUUUAUAAGCUUAGCUCGACUUUGAAAUCCUGCACAAUCUCACGAAUCAGACAUUGGUAGGGCCAUUUUGUUUGCUACUAGCACGGAGCUGCACAAAAAAAUCAUUUAAUGCAGUUAGUUCACGGAGGCUGCCAAAAAGCUCGAAUAGAAGCAUGCGACUUCUACACUGAACAAAAAUGAUUGCAAUAUAGCGUAUGAUUUAUCAUAUGAACGGCCUAAAAACUCGAUGUUGACGAUUUCGAAUGGCAAUCAUUCAAAAAAUAGUGAAUUCAAGAUCGAAUGACUUCAUAUUUGAAUUGGAAUGAACAGGUUGUCGAUUUUCAAAUGAUAAACAUAACUGUAAAGGAAUUGAUUGCACUCGAAAAAGUAAACGAUGGCGUUGAUAAUCAUCAUUCCAAAUCACAGCAGUUCAUCAUUCGUAUUUCAUCUGUUUUCAGUGCUCGGGCUGAACCAAAUGACAAUCAUUUGAUGUGCGCAAUGCGAUUGGGAGUAUUUCUUAGUUUUUUUCUUCUCUUUACUAGUAACAGCAUUUACUAAAACCACAUCCGUUCACGAGAGCAAAAAAAUAUUUGUAAUUUUAUUAGUGUUAACGAUAACCUGGUAGUGUAAACUGUUUUUCAGGUCAAGAAAAAUAACAAAUAUUGUUAAUAGUGUUUACUGGAAAAAUACAUCCAGUUCAAACGAUUUAUUUGUGCCCAUUUUCGGACAAUAUCACUGGCAUGGGGGUCUUGAGAGCAUACAGGAAAUCAUCCGCGACGGUCUUGGAAUUGCAAAAAGCAAACAACUGUGAAAGACGAGGCGAACGAAGUAUUGGAUAAGGUGUCAAAAAGACAAGAGGUAAAAUGUUUGGCAAAGGUUUGUACACGGUCAGUUUCACGAUCUGGUUAAUCAUUUUAGAAUAGGACAGCGUUCAUCGGAUGCCAACUCUGUUAAUUGGUGCCUACAUCAAUUGUGACGCCGAAAUGGCCAUUAAGUUUUGAUAUCCCAGUAAGAGCACAAUCAAAUACAAAAAUACGAAAGAGUUGAAUAGGGUUGACUAAUUUGAUUAUUCAGUGAGCCAAAAAAUGAGGACCCUUUUGUAUGGGACCUUGGCGAUUUAAUUUGUAUUUGGCACAAUGGAUAUCAUUGGGAACUACUGGUUCCGAAAUAUUACGGAGAUAUAUGGCUUCCACAACGAGUAGUUACGUGUGGCAACCCAAAAGUCUGGAAAAUUUUCACGGGCCUGCUCGAUUCUUGUUUUCAAGGCGGUCUCAGUGCCGCAAUCAAUACACUGAAUUUUUGCACAUUCGGGAGGUGCAGGAUAUGCCACAUGAGGAACCGAUAUGCGAUCGGAUUUGGUUCUAUCCCGAUGACCGCGCCGGCUGGACUGUUGCCGCCGCUACAUACGGAACGUGCCAUAUGCCAUAUAUAUUUAACCCAAUAUAUUCCGAAUCACUGUCGCGAGGAGAGGGAUUUAAGAAGUAUAGCUCCCAUGCCUCCGCAUAGCUCAAUGUGGUCCUGAUGUUCGUGUGCCAACAAAGUAAAAGAUCAUGGCAUGUUCGGUGAUAAUGGUGAAAAAAAAAAUUGCACAUGUCCCUCGAAUAAGAAACUAAUAAUGUUCAAAGACAAUCAAAAAUUUAGUAAAAUUACACACUGUACAAGACGUCCGGAUUUCCAAACAAGAUUUGAUUGGAUAUUUGAAAACAGCGCAUUCCCGUGGAGACCAUUUUGAAUAAACUUUUAGCAACUGGCGUCUCCUGCACCAACGACAUAUAAGUUCUUAACUUUGAAAAGCUCCGAUGAAUUCGAAGCCAAUGAAACCCUGGCCGAAGAAGUUGGUAGACCAGUGGACAAAUUAUACCUACAGCCAUGACUCGCUAGAUGUGGCCAACUUUGUAUCUAUUGUUCGUGAAUGGAAGCAGACAUGCUCCGCUAGCAUAUUUCCUCUAUUCAAAGAGCUUGGCGUAAUAGGUUCUCCGAAACGAAUGUGACUAAAACGUAGUAUUGAUCCAAUCGAACAGCAAUUUUCAAAUAUCAGCGGCUCGUAUCAAUUUGUCCAUUUUUACAGAAAAAGUAACAAACCGUUGAGUUCCUAUAUAUUAAUCAACUUCCAAACGACAAUGUCCUGGAUUUAUUUAAGCUUGAGAAGACGGAUGUUUUUCUUAUAUAUACGAUGGUAUCAAAUACGACAUCAUCGCACAGCCAUACAGUUUUAGGUGUACCUAUGAAUUGCCGUCUCUUAUUACCAAGAGUAAUUUUCAAAAAAAUACUUGGUUGGAAAUGAAGUAAAUCCAAACUACGCUAAAUCUCGACUGACUGGAUGCAUCCUACGGGUAGCAUCUUUUUAACCCAUUAUGUCCUAGCGUAUGAAAUUUCAUACGCAAAAACAACACAUUUCAGGAUCAUACUUGUUAUACAAUAAAGGCGUUUUCAAACUUCUGGUCUUUUGUGAACGUUAAUAAAUACCCUAUAGUUUAUAAUGUGUAUGCUCAAUAAUCUUUUUUUAUAAAAUUCCAUUGUGUUUUCGAAUUUCAAAGAUGGACAAAAUUCAAACCAAAAUAUGAACAAUACAUAUUAUUAAUUUUCUCUUCUAAAUCACUAAUUCUUGGUUCGGAUUGUAAACGAAUGGUCAUGAGAGGUGUAAAAGAUGUGGCUCAGUGCGAAAAAAUGGAAGAAAUUGGUGAAACAAUUGCGAAAAUUCUGCUGGUAGUUCAAUGUAUGAAAUUUCAUACGCUAGGCUGAACCGAUAUCUUUUUUCCUAAGGCGAAAUUAUUUCCUCUUUAGGACCAGGAGGCGAUUCACAAUAUUCUCGCUGAUUUUAACGUUGAAUCAGUGCAUUCCAGGCUAACGAAUGCUUAAUACGUAGCAAAUCAUACCUGAUUCCACCCAGAAUAUUUUUUAUGUAAAUUCUCGUAAGAAAAUGUUCUUUUUCUUCAAAUAAUUACAAAGUUUGAGGGAAAGAUGGUUUGAUGCAACGAACCAAUCAUGAGACGAAACGAUACGAGAGAUGAGAGAAGUGUUAAAAUCAUUCAAAAAAGCUGCUAAAUGAAUGAUCUCGCAAGGUUGAAGAUAUUAUUCGAUUUUAUGUUGAAUAUAAUGAUUUUAGUCGAAUUUUCUAUGUAAUGAUUUUUUGAUACCCUAUCAGCCCAGCGUAUGAAAUUUCAUACGAUAGUUUUUUUUGCAACAAAACGCUCCAAAGUGGAUAUUUUAUUUUUCCCAAACUUAAUUCGGCAUAAUAUGACGGCUCACGAAGUAUUUUAUAAAUUACCAAAAGUUUUAACAUAGCUGGGUUAUAAUGGGUUAAAUUCUCGUUGAAUGUGAAGAUAUAUCCUUGUACGAUUUCGACAGCUAGGAUCUGUGAUAAUUAUAUGGAGUAUCAUUGAUCAAUAUUAAUGUUUCAAAGGUUUUCUUCCAUUUAAUUCCACUAUGUUUAAUAGUGGAAUUAAAUGAAAGAAAACCUUUGAAACAUUACGUACAUUCCACCUCCUUAAGACCUCCGUUCGCGUAUAUAUUGUGAUCAAUAUUGUUUCUCUUUGCUCAAAGGCGUCCAUCAGGAUUCUUCUAAUACCACGCAUCUCAAUAAAAUAGAGCAAAUCGGAUGCCGCAAACUUCCGUAACUUCUUUCCGUAAUAUUCUAAGAGGAGAACAAACGAACUAUACUGAAGGGAGCAACGGAACCGGGUAUCACCUCAGACUAUUUACUAUUUAAACAGAUUUGAACUAAAAAUGUUGUAUUUGUAUACCAUAUCUAGCCAAACAUUUGAAAAGAACCCAUCUGUCAAACGUAAAAAUAGAGGAAAUUAUAAAGGGAGUUUUGAAUUUGUUUCAAAUUCAUUAUAAUCUUAUUUA